CCCGAUUUUGGGGACCCCCACCCCAAUUUUGGGCCCCUUUCCCUCCCCCCCAGGCCCCGGAGCCCCUGAGCAGCCUCAAGUCGAUGGCGGAACGAGCGGCGCUGGGCACGGGGCUGGAGGAGCCGGGACCCCCCCUGCACCUGGCUGAGAGGGAGCUGCUGCUGGGGGCUGGGGGUGCCCCCCCCAGCUCGGGGGGCUCCGGGGGCACUUCGGGGGGUCCCGGGGGGGCUCUGGGCGAGGUCAGCAUCCCGCUGUCGCUGGGGGUCUGUCCCCUGGGCCCCCUGCCCCUGCCCAAGGAGCAGUUGUACCAGCAGGCGCUGCAGGAGCCAGCCUGGCACCACAUGCCCCACCCCUCGGAUUCCGAGAGGAUCAGGCAGUACCUGCCCCGCAACCCCUGCCCCACCCCCCCCUACCACCACCAGCUGCCGCCUCCCCACUCGGACACGGUGGAGUUCUACCAGCGCCUCUCCACCGAGACGCUCUUCUUCAUCUUCUACUACCUGGAGGGCACCAAGGCUCAGUACCUGGCGGCCAAGGCGCUCAAGAAGCAGUCGUGGCGCUUCCACACCAAGUACAUGAUGUGGUUCCAGCGGCACGAGGAGCCCAAAACCAUCACGGACGAGUUCGAGCAGGGCACUUACAUCUACUUUGACUACGAGAAGUGGGGGCAGCGCAAGAAGGAGGGCUUCACCUUCGAGUACCGCUACCUGGAGGACCGAGACCUGCAGUGAACGGGGGGGAGGGGGAAAAACCCCCCAAAAUCCCCCCCCAAAAAUCCCCAAAAAAUCC